CAGAAUCAGAUCAAAGAGUCAGAAAUUCAGAAGGGCAUGUAGAUAUCAACACAGGGAUCCUGAGGCUAACCUGCCUCCAGAAACUCUCACAGGGAGUUCCUGACAGUCAGCAUCUAGAAGCCGAACUAUGAGCUCACCUCUGGCUUCCCUUGGUAAGACCCGGAGAGUACCUCUGCAGUCGGAAUCUGUGAACUCCGGAAGACGAAGCUUAAAGAUCUAUGGAGAUGAAGACGAAGUGGACAUGCUCAACGAAGGACCUGAGUCAGAAGAAAAGAUCUCUGUUCCUUCUUGCUAUGGUCACAUAGGUGCUCCUGUGAGUAGGCAAGUCCCUGAAUCCUAUGACUCGGACCACAUGGCCACCUUGAUGAAGAAUUUGCGGGAUCUGGAGCGACAGGUGAAAAGCCAGACUGACGAGAUUCUGAUCAAGGAUCAGAAGAUACAGGCCCUGGAGGAAUUGGUGCAGAACCUCCAGGAAAACCAGGGGCAGAGUGCUGGUCAAGGCCCGGGUGGCCUGGCCUCCUCCCUGCUGGGGCAGCGGAACCCCUUCCCAUCUUUCCUGGAAGGCAAGGCCAGUCUGCAGCGGCAGGAAGAGCUGGAGAUCAGGUGCGAGAAGCUGCAGCGGCAGGUUGGGGAGAUGGAGCGGUUCCUUGGUGACUAUGGCCUGCAGUGGGUAGGUGAGCCCACGUACCAGGAAGAUUCAGAGGAUGAGGCCGACUCAGAAAAUCUCAAGGAGGACUGGAUGACAGCCAAGAAAUUCUGGAAGCCAGGGGACUCUUUGGUACCUCCCGAGGUGGACUUUGACAGGCUCCUGGCCAGUCUGGAGGAUCUCAGUGAGCUGGUGGUAGACGGUGACACCCAGGUGGUGCCAGUGCCUGGUGGAGCACGCUUACGUGCACUUGAACCCAUUCCUCUGAAGCUCUACCGGAAUGGCAUCAUCAUGUUUGAUGGGCCCUUCCGGCCCUUCUAUGAUCCCUCCACACAGCGCUGUCUCCGGGACAUAUUGGAUGGCUUCUUCCCCUCAGAGCUCCAGCGCCUGUACCCUGAUGGGGGCCCCUUCCAGGUGAGUGACCUGCGCAAUCAGGUCUACCCAGACAAUGGGCUGGACCCGUUCCCAGGCGAGGGGCGCGUGGUGGGCCAGAAGAUUCGCAAGAUUUCAGACAGAACGGAGUACCCAGGAUCCAACAUGACUGCUGAGAAGUUUCUCAAUCGGCUUCCCAAAGUUGUGAUCCGACAAGGCGAGGUGAUUGACAUCCGGGGCCCCAUUCGAGACACUCUGCAGAACUGCUGCCCGAUGCCUGCCCGGAUCCAGGAGAUCGUGGUAGAGACACCUGCCUUAGUUGCUGAGCGUGAGAGGAGCCGUGAGUCGCCAGAGUUGUCCCCUGCCCCACACUCUAUGCUUCGUGUCAAGUCUGAAAAUGGUGAACAGGCCUUCCUGCUGAUGAUGCGGCCAGAGGACACCAUCGGGGAUGUGCGGGCCCUGCUCGCACAGGCCAGGGCUGUGGACACCCACAACUUCGAGAUUGUCAGCACGUUCCCACCCACAGUUUACCAGGAUGACGCAGUUACACUGCAGGCUGCAGGCCUGGUGCCCAAUGCUGCAUUGCUGCUGCGGGCACGCAGGGCCCAGCCACCCGCCUCUGGCCCUGAAUAAAGCGCCCGCCCCUACACAACA